AUGAGACACUUUCCCCCCCAGGGGCCCCCGCGCUACCCACCAGUGCCCGGGGGGCCCCCCUUGGGGGCCCCCUGGAAGGGUUCUGGCCCCUUGGGGGCCCCUUUGAAGUCGAGGGCCCCCCUGGGGGCCCCUUGGAAGGGAGAGGGGCCCUUGGGGGCCCCCUGGAAAGGGGGGCCCUCUGUUGGGGGGCCCCUGUCCUUUUGGGUUUUGGGGUUUGCGUGUUUGUCUUUGCUGCCACUCUCCGUAUCUGUGCUGCUGCCUAGAGCUGCAGGGGGGCCCCCCAAAGAGCCCUCAAUGCUUGCUGCAGUUUACAAAAGGGGAGGGGGCCCCAGGGGGCCCCCCAUGGCGUAUUGCUGCGGCGCCCAGAGGCUGCAUCACCUGCUGCUGCACAAGCAGCAGCGGCGCUGUGGGAGGCUUGCUGCAGCAGCAACUGCAGCAGCAGCAUUGGCUCAAGCUUGCCCCAACGGCCAGCAGGUCUCCGCUGCUCUCCCGUCACCUAUCGGAGUAUGUCGGGGGCUGCAGCAGCAGCAGCGACAGCAGCAACAGCAGCAGCAGCAGCAGCAGCAAAAGCUGCGAAAGCUGCACGUAGCGGCAAAAAGUGAGUGUGAAACGAGCGCUGCUAACACUCAGGCCAGUAACAGCAACAGGAGCUACGAACCAACCAGCCGCAGCCACAUCUACGACAGCAGCAGCAGCAGCAGCAGCAGCAGCAGCAGCAGCAGCAAGAGCGUAGAGCUCGCCGAUAAAAAUACCUUCGGGGUGUACAUACACCUGCCGUUCUGUUUGCGCCGGUGUCAUUUUUGUGCCUUCCCGAUCGCGCUGCUGCCGAGCAGCAGCAAAGCAGCAGCAGCAGCAGCAGCAGCACAGUACCUCCCGUUGCUGCAGCAGGAGAUGGCAGCCGAGUUCGGAGCUUUUCUACAGGUGCAUAAACGCCGCGUGCAGCAGCUGCAGCAGCUGCUGCAGCAGCUGCAGCAGCAGCAGCAGGAGCAGCAGCAAGGUCAGCAGCAGCAGGACCCAGAGCAAUGGGGAAAGCAGCAGCAGGAACAGCAGCAGCAAGGAAACCUGCUGCUCGCCGAUGCGAAGGAGCUGCUGCUGCAGGCGUUGCUUCCAACGGCAGCCCUCAACGGCGCAGCUAGCUGCAGUGUAGCGAGCUCCGCAGCAGCUGCAGCAGCAGGUGCAGCAGCUGCUGUUGCUGCUGCUCCAGCAGCAGACGCAGAAGCUGUUGCUGGUGCUUCUGCAGCAGCAGCAGCAGCAGCACCUGGCAAGCGGUUGCUGCGCAGUGUUUACUUUGGAGGGGGGACGCCGUCGCUGAUGCCUCCGGAAAUGCUGCAGCAGCUGCUGCAGCAGAUUAAGGCCUUUGAGGCAGAGCUGCAGCGGCUGCUGCAGCAGCAGCAGCAUCUACGGGACGCCCUGCAGCAGCUGCAGCAGCCUGUUCAGGGUGAAGCGAGGCACUUACGGCAUCCACAGCAGCAGCAGCAGCAGCAGCAGCAGCAGCAGCAGCAGCAGCAGCAGCCGCAGAUAAGGUGCGCGCAGGAGCCAGAGGUGUCUAUUGAGAUAUACCCAGGUACACUAGACGCAGAGCGGCUACAGGCGUACCUGUCGGUGGGGGUGAAUCGCUUCUCUUUGGGUGUACAGACACUCCACGAACCAACUCUGAAGGUGCUAGGCAGGCUUCCCGCCAGCAUCGCGAGCCCCAGCAGCAGCAGCAGCAGCAGCAGCAGCAGCAGCAGCGGCAGCAGCAGCAGCAAACGAGCGCCUAGCCACGUCCGUGACAGCCUGCAUGCGCUGCGGCUGCUGCGCGCCUUCAAGCUGCUGCCCCGGACCUCUGUGGAUCUGAUUUUCAGUGUACAGACACCUCAGCAGCUGCUCAGGGACUUGCAGAUCCUCGCUAGUCUUCCUGUUGGUCACAUUUCCCUUUAUGAGCUCCAAUUCCUGCAGCAGCAGCAGCUGCUGCUGCUGCUGCAGCAGCCGCUGAAGCAGCGAAGCAGUAAUGAACAGCAGCAAUGGCAGCACUGGCUGCAGCAAGACAGAGAAAGCAGUGGCAGCCACAGCCGCAGCAGCACUGUUAGGAAGAGCAGCCGCUGUAGCACGACCAGCAGCAGCAGCAGCAACAGCAGCAGCAGCAACAGCAGCAGCAGCAACAGCAGCAGCAGCGCACUUCUGGAGAAGUUGGGUUAUGAACAUUACGAGGUUUCCUCUUUUGCCCGGAGGUGUCUGUACACCCCAGGGGCCAAAACUGCUGCUGGCGGAGGUGCAGCUGCCUGGGGGCAGCAGCAGGAGCUUAGCAGCAGCGCCAACGGCAGCAACAGCAGCAACAGCAGCGACAGCAGCAGCAGCAGCAGCAGCAGCAGCUGCAGCUGCUGCUCCCGCUGCGUGCACUCGCAGCUCUACUGGGGAGGCGGGACUGUCUUUGCUUUUGGUCUUGGUGCUUCUUCUUUCGUCCGAGGCAGCAGGCGAACCAACCCCAAAAGUCUCGCUGCUUACAAAGCAUUCGUGCAGGGGGCCCCCCAAGAAGGCUCAGGGGGCCCCCCAAAGGUGCUAGAGGUGGGGGGCCCCCAAGAAGGCUCAGGGGCCCCCCAGAAAGGGUCAAAAGCGGGGGCCCCCUCAAGGCACUCUGGAGAAGAAGAAGGCGCAGCAAGUCUCACGCAGUGGGCAUACACCCGAAUACAGGAACUGGUAAUGCUGGGCCUGCGAACUUCAAAUGGGAUUGAUUUGCUGCAUCUCCUGGAACUCUCAGAUGCAGCAGCAGCAGCAGCAGCAGCAGCAAAAAAGGACCAGCUGUUUUGUGAAAACGCCGUUCAGGGCCUGCUGCUGCUGUUGGCGCGAAGAAAAGCUCCACUUGACCAGCUGCUGCGCUGCAUAACAGUUUUUGCUGACAGCGAGGGGCAGCAGCUACCAGCUGCUGCAGCAGCGCGAAAUGCAGCGAAUGCCACAGCAGCCACAGGAGAUGGAAGCGGGGUGCUGCUGCUGCUGCAGCAGCUGCUGCCGUCAGUGCUGCUUGGUGCUGCUGCGUUCCUACGGCGUCCGGGAGUAGCCGACAUUCAAGUGUACGUACACCCAGGCAGCGAAGCUGACCUUCACAGCAGCAGCAGCAGCCCCACAACUGAUUCCUGCUGCAGCUUCCAUGAUGCAUGCAUUUCUUUUCAAAAUGAGCUGGCAGCAGAGGGCCUUGAGCCGCUGGGCUCGGGUGUACAGGGAAGGUGGCAGCUGCGGAUACACCCCGACGACUCAGACGCAAGAAUACUUUCAAAGACAACGCGGCUGCUCAGAUUCUUAAAGAGUCGCAGCACCCCAGUCAGCAGCAGCAGCAGCAGCAGCAGCAGCAGCAGCAGCAGCAGCAGCAGCAGCAAAGGGGGAGCGCAGCUGGGCUGUCGCUUGGCGUUGCUGGCUCCCGAUGGUCUUCUUCUAAGUGACGCAAUAUCAAGAGACAUAUUUGUGCAGCUAGAUGAUGCAUGCGAACUCUUGCAGCCCCAACUGCAGGGCAGCGCCUAA